AUGGAUUCAUAUUCACAAUCAUAUCAAUUCUAUCCAUCAUCACCAUCUAUGUAUUCUAAUUUCAAUACACCAUCAAAUUCGUAUUGUUCGUGUUGUUAUUCACCAACUCCUUAUUAUUAUCCGAAUCAUCAUAUGCCAUCUACACUUCUAUUUUCUCCACCAACAUCUCCUUUUAUUCCUCAAAAUACCAAAAUUUCUACUCCACCGAUUACAAUUGAAUCUGUACGUACUGAACAAUCAUCUUCAAAGAUUACACGAUUACAAUAUUCAAAUAAAGAUCGUUAUAUUUUAAAUGAAUUAUUUAAACGAACACCGUAUCCAAAUGCUAUUCAACGUGAUGUCAUUGCUCGACAACUUGGCAUCACACAAGAACAAAUACGUAUAUGGUUUCAAAAUCGUCGACGUCUACAAACACAACGUGAUAGCGGCGAACGAUUAGCAACAUCAAAUGAAAUCUUAGCUCUUCAACAAGGAAAAACAAAUGUAAAUUCAACUGAUUUAAAGAAACUACUCAAUGAUGUAACCAAAUAUAAAGAUGCACCACCACGUCUUCGAUUAGAUGAAUCUUCAUAA